AUGUAUUUAUCUGCUGAUAUGUCAGAGAAAGGGGCAAAAACCAUGUUUUCUCAUUGGUAAAAUGACUAUCAGGAAAAACAAAAGGAACAUUGAGGUCUUAAUAUCAUCGCAUGGAUCACUAGCUCCAAAAAGAUACAAGUACUCGGAAGCAACAAAAAUAACAUCUUCUAUAAAUAAUAAUAAGCUUGGAGAAGGUGGUUAUGGUGUUGUUUUCAAAGGAAGACUAAAUGAUGGUCGCCUAGUUGCAGUGAAAUUCUUGCAUGACUCCAAAGCAAAGGGGGAGGAAUUUGUGAAUGAGGUUAUGAGCAUUGGCAGGACCACACAUGUGAACAUUGUUAGCUUAUAUGGGUUUUGUUUGGAGGGGUCAAAACAAGCUCUUAUAUAUGAGUACAUGGCCAAUGGUUCUUUGGAUAAGUACAUUUACUCAGAGAACCCUAAAGAAAUUUUAGGAUGGGAAAUGCUUUAUGCAAUAGCAAUUGGGAUUGCUCGUGGACUAGAAUAUUUGCACCAUAGCUGUAACACACGUAUUGUCCAUUUUGACAUCAAGCCUCAAAAUAUCCUUCUUGAUCACGAUUUUUGCCCCAAGAUUGCUGAUUUUGGUUUAGCUAAAUUGUGUCGUACCAAGGAGAGCAAGCUUUCAGUGACUGGUGCUAGGGGAACAAUUGGAUUUAUAGCUCCUGAAGUGCAUUCACGAACAUUUGGAGUGGCUUCGACAAAAUCAGAUGUUUAUAGUUAUGGAAUGUUGUUGCUAGAGAUGGUCGGGGGCAGGAAAAAUGUAAAAGUAAUGGUUGAAAAGUCAAGUCAGAAAUAUUUUCCAGAUUGGAUCUAUGAUCACUAUGCUCAAAAUGAUGGGUUAGUAGCUUGUGAAGUUGCACAGGAAGAUGAGGAAAUUGCAAGAAAAAUGAUUUUGAUUGGCCUGUGGUGCAUACAGAUAUUACCUAUGCAUCGCCCUACAAUAACCAAAGUUUUAGAAAUGUUCGAAAGUGGCUCAGAUGAAUUGGAGAUGCCAUCGAAGCAAAACUUCAGUCAAGUGCUCGAAGACCUAGCUUACAAUAUGAAUGCAGAAAGCACAAGUCCCAGCAGUACUACGACAAUACAAGCUUAUAGUGACACGCUAAAGGCCAAAGAGAUAAGCCUUACAAAUUAAAAAAAUAAUAAUACGACGCUUACCCACGCUUUGGUAUAUGGGCAUCUACUGCAAAGUAAGCUAUACCAUCAAUAUUAGGCAUUAAUUUUUUCAUAGCCUCACAACAUAUUCCUACAGUAGCCUGGUAUGUGUACUUACAUACAGGGAUAUUGUUUAUAGAGGUAGGUGUACAUGUAUAUUAUAGAUGUCUACGU